AUGCUUGUCGCAACUAAUAAUUACGACUUUGCUUUCGAGGCGAAUCUUACGAGUGGGGUCCUCGAUGCGGACGGCAAGUUUAUUGGUGCAUCCGUAGAGGACAACUACUCUCGUGACAUCACUAGAUGCUGCCAGAAGUUCAUCAGAAUUCUGUUUUCUGUGCUGGGCACACUGAUCCUCCUCUGCCUGUACUUGGGCGCGGGCGCCUGGAUGUUCCAGUACUUGGAGAAGAGCAACGAGGCGAGCGCCUGUUACGACACUUACAAGCUUUACCUCGAACAACUGAACACGUCGAUGAUCCGGGCUACGGGUAUCCUGCACUCGGGCCUGCCUGAUGAGGAGGUCAGUGGUCGUUUGCAAACCGCCAUGACGGAUUUCGCGGACAGCCUGUUCGCGCUCGAUUUUGCGCCAAGCAAGAACUGCUCUGCCAUACAUACCACGCCAUUUGGAUCAAAGUGGAACUGGGUCAAUUCGUUGUACUUCUGUGCAACAAUACUUACCACCAUUGGUGAGUUGGCCGCCACCGUAUCUUUAAUUCUUUCAACAUUUCAUCUGAAGUUGGGAUAGCGAUAGUCCCUGCAUGAGUAAUGUGUGUCUUGCCGGACCAUUAUCAGAGGUAAAUACCAAGGCGACAAGAGUAGGAAAGGAGUUUCAUCAGAAAGACAAAAACAUACGUGCUCCAAAAUUUCAGACCAAAAGCCCCUGAGGGCCAAGACCAAGUAGCUGUCCUAACUUUUUUGAGCACUAAGUUACAAUAUUUAAAAGUUAGUUCAUAACUAUACAAAGUAGUUCUGAAUUACGAAAUGAGUACUAGAGGAAAAACUUAUGUUCAGAUCGGCUUUUUUUGAAAAUCGGAUAAUUUACUACUUUGAAUAGAAACGCGCAAGUUGAGAGAGGCAAACUGUUCAAUCAACUUGAAGAAGGAGACACGAUCGCCGGGACAAGAGCUGUAUUAGCCUGACGUUUCGGAUUCCUACUCGAAUCCAUCAUCAGAGACAAAAAAGCAGAAACGGGUGGUUGUUGCACAAGGGGCUGCGGUAUUUAUAGGAUGCAGUAGCCAUGCUACCGCAUACCUAUGAACAUUCACGGCCCCCCCCCUUCAUCCGGGAUCGUCGCACUUGGUGUGAUCAUUGCUUGAUGGCCGAUAUUCGAGUCGAUAAUUGCUGGCCCCCAGUCCAUCAACAAGUGCAACGAUCUCCCGACUCCAUACUCCGUGCUAAAACUUCGUCUAGGCGGAGUAACAAGCCAUGCGGGGAGAGCAGAGGUGAACACUUGUCCCAACACCGGGGUCGGUGCGUCAGAUGGUCGAGCAAUCAUCACGCCAACAUCCAACGCACGUGAUGAAAUUGCAGCAAUUAUGGACUCGAAUGUCGGCCAUCAAGCAAUGAUCACACCAAGUGCGACGAUCCCGGAUGAAGGGGGGAGCCGUGAAUGUUCAUAAGUAUGCGGUAGCUGGCUACUGCAUCCUAUAAAUACCGCAGCCCCUUGUGCAAAAACCACCAGUUUCUGCUUUUUUGUCUCUGAUGAUGGAUUCGAGUAGGAAUCCGAAACGUCAGGCUAAUAAAGCUCUUGUCCUGGCGAUCGUGGCUCCUUCUUCAAGACUACUUCCUGUGACUCGUCUCUCCGCUUCUAUUGUUCAAUCGACGAUCGACCUAGAGAGAUAAAACGUGAUAGGUAACCUGAAGCAUGGGUCUACUAUGCAGGUGGGGGGAGGGGGAGAGAAAGCCAUCCAAGUAUGAGAGUUAGGACUACAGUGAGAACUUGUCCGGCGUGAUUUAGAGUACAACGCGCGGGCAGCAUUCAGUCAUGCCGGGGAGGCGGGGAGGGGAGAUGGAGGCGAAAUGAGAGGGCGCAUAUGGGAACAGGGUUUCGUCCAUAAUCGAUCUUUACCAUGGUAGUGCCAGGUUUAUCACGUGGUACAACUGCUUAUAGAGUUCUGGUUUACUCCUGCGUAUUGCAGCGGCCUCAGCAAAGCGCAUGAGACGCCCGGUCGUCGCUCGAAACAGGACCUUGAAUGCAACUAUUGGGUUCGCCUUAAGCAGCCACUUCGGCAUGUGUUCAGCUGACCGAGUUGUCAACUGCCUUUGCGUGCGCCCAAUGUUGUAAUUUAGUAGAAUUCAAAAAACUGAAAACGCACUUUUGCAUGAUGCAGACUAGAGGAAUUAAAAAGCUCGCAUAAGCAGAGAAGAAAUGACAGCAGGCUGCUCAUAUAGCUGUCGGGUAUUCCGCUUCCGACAUGUGGACGAUAUAGCACACAACCGUAGGGCCACUAAAUCCACCUUGAUUAUGACUCAGAGGGCCAGCUUAUAUCUGCGGUAUGAGCAAAAUUUCUGUUAGGCUUACGAUGUCGGACCUCAAAUCCGCAGAACAAAUAACCAUUUUUAGCUAUGACUGUUGCAGGGACUUGUUAGUCUGACAUUUGUACAGACAGCUGGAACUAAGCGGUAAAUUAACGACCUAAUAAAUUGAAAGGGACGGUAAGAGUUCCAAAUUAAUAAAAAGAAAAUGAGGCAAUCCUUUAAACUAGUUAAAAGGAGGCACGUGGUAGGGUUGUUUUUAGGUGAAGACAAGAUCCUCAGAUGUACACAGUAAAGGUGCCCCGGAGCGUAUGAUACCAGAACGGAGGGUCUAACGACAACUUUAACCUCAACCCUCAUCUGCUUGAUAUUUAGCGCAGGACUGCCUGUAUUGAGUUAGGGGUUACUACUUCCGUGUAUUACUCAAGUGUCAACCAAUAUAAUUAACUGUCUCCAUAGACACCCUAUAUACCCUAUGGAAUACAACGUUAGUCCCAAUUUGGUGGCUAUGAUUUUGUAGACUUCAACUCCUAGCUGAUAACGCCGAAAAUAGAAUGCGGCAAAUUCUUUCUGGAAGAGCUUACCUCUCCAUGCAAUCGCUACAAAUUGGGUUGAUAUGUGUUGUCAACUGCAUACUUAGUUGUGAUUGAAGGCCCUUUUCAGUGAGCAUCGCCAGAUUUCCGUACGACCUACGCCUCACAGAACCUAUGAUUAGUUCCACUUUUGUGAGAAACAUUUCUCGCUUUGGUCAUCUUCUCUAACUACAUUGGAAACAGGAAAAACCUUAUAUGUAACUUGUACUGCAUGGAAUGCAUUUUUGCUUGUUUUUUUUUAGUAUACGGCAUGUUUAAUUUAACACUUGACCAUAUAUUUUCAAAGAAUUCGCUAAGUCCCGGUUGAGUAACAUUUUUUCGAAAAUUUCAAAUUGAUGCCGUAGGUGUGACUGUCAUUCCUCCUUCAGUCAGGUUCUGCCGAGUAGAUUCCUCUUUGGUGUUGAUAUUUCUAAUCCGCGCCAAGAGAGUGAGCCCGCUAUACUUCCCACACGUGACUUUUUUGGCGCAGAUGAGAAUUAUGUACGGGUCCUUUGAAGCGGUCAUCGGGACUCAGUGGUGAUUAACUGCGAGUUCGAGCACUUUGUAAGAGCGUGGGUUGAAUGAACAAAAUGCCAACGAAUGUGGGACAUCGUGGCUCAGGCGGCUAGAGAGUUAGUGUACUUAAACCUUCCUCUCGUUGUCGUUGGUUCGAACCCCACCCAGGCACCGCGUUCUUCAUGGGUGGGUCAAAACGAAAUAUAGUUCUGUCCGAAAACAUCUAAUAUGGGGGUUUCCAGAUAAGUCAUGUAAACCAAAGAAGCUACUGAAUAUACAUAUUAGAAGUUGUGUCUCAUUUUUCAGCAUGCUUAAUAAAUAUAGGUUCAAGAAUAGGAGCAGUGCGAAGUUGUCCACCUUUUGACAGUCAGGAAAAUAUACCUCCUAUUGCAAUUCAGUACUGUCACUUAGUGUUUUUUUGGGAGAUUAACGGUCAUCAUUCGACGUAGUUCCGAUUUUCAUGCUAAAUGUGCAACUGAUAAUGCUAUCUCUGAUAUUAUUCUCGAAAUUGAGGGUAAGGGAGAGUUUAUAACAAUUUUGGUCAAUGACAUAAUGUAUUUUAAGCCAUGCAUAUCAAAAUUUACGAGAGCAAACCCCAUCACUGUUCUGUUAGAUUUCACCGUGUUCUUCUCAUGUAGGAGUUAACUUGAAGUGACUGUAGAUUGUAAAUGACCGGUGUACCGGGAAAGUGCUUAAUACAAUGGUAGACCUAAUCGCAAGUGUUAGAAAGUCUACUUACCCUAAUGUACACAGGUGGUGCCGCCGUUGUAUGUCCCGUGAUCUAUCAGCCCCAGAGCGACUAUUUACGCUUUGAGUCGCAGACUAGACCGUCUGGCUCACGACGAGAGAAGACAAGCAGCGGUUGCCUACCUGUAUGCUUCUCAUGUCUUCAGCCUUUUAAUACCUCUCUAGUUUCGCUGUUGCAAAGGGGUACUUGCAACCUGGCCUGCAAAGCAAGGCUUUACGAGUUUCUCUUAUCUUCCCCACCAGUUUGCGCUGGGGAAGUUAGAUCAGUUUGCGCUUGGCAACGCGUUCAAGCAGGUGGAAAUGCGAAAGCCAUUUACCAGAUAAACAGACGUGUUUCGCAUGCGCGAUCGUGAAUUUCAAGCAAAACUGGAAUGCAAAAACUGCCACUGCUGUCGGGAAUAGCCGCCCAACUUCCUCCUCUGUCAUUCAGAUUCGGCUUGCAAUGAGGCGGUUGACCAUGAAACAAAACGAUUCAAAUAACCUGUUAGGGGAUUGCUACGUACACUAAGCAUUCCUCACUGACAGCUGCAGAAAAUAUUGUGUUCAAAUGAGGGAUACACUUUUGACUCGAACUUCAACUGGAGUCAUACUGUCAGACCAAAUGUUGACCUCACGACCCUCUUCGGUUUUCUAAAUAUUAUGAUGUACUUUAAAGGCAUUGCAUUGUAGGAAAAGCAGAUCAUCCUCAUAAUAAUUCAAAUCACGUCAGCAAUGAAUAUCCUCUAUGCAAGUUGAGGAACCUUCUCCAAUAAUUUGCCUCCCCAGAACGUGCUUAAAUGGGAUAUUCAUACUGACCCAACUGUGAAAACCUCGGCGCCUGGUGGAAUUCGAAACCACGACGGCAAGGAGAAGGCUUUAGUACAGCCAAUGCUCUAUCCACCUGAGCGUAGUACCUCGUAGUUCAGGUAGCUAGAGCGUUGACACUGCUAAAGCCUUCCCUUUCUGUCUUGGGUCCGAAUCCAACCAAGGCGCCGAGUUUUCCACAGUUGGAUCAAUAUGAAUUAUUCAAAAUCUUCCAAAACAUCUAUUUAUUGCGAGGGCCUGGUAGUUAUCUGAUGGAUUCUAGGUGAUUUACGUAGGAAAUCCUGCUUGAGCAGUCAGCUUACUAAAUCGGAUUUGGUGGAACCCAUAUGUAGCAGUAGGCUGGUCGGGUAACGUGACCCAAAUAUGAUUAAACUCACAGAUCUCCGUACGGCCUCGUAGUUCAGGUGGCUAGAGCCUUCCCCUUGCUGUCGCGGGUUCGAAUCCCACCGAGGUGGCCGAGUUCUCCACAGCUCAGUCAAGAUGAAAUGGAAACCAACUAAACUCGUUGAACAUGGCACACAGACCCUCCCUCGGCAACGACUUGAUUGCCAAUCAAAGAGUUAACUGAAUAGAACAUUCACGUUAGGUCAGUCCUUUCUCAGGCUGAUCGUCUUUUUCUUCCGCCCUUCCCCUCUUGCAGGCUACGGACACAUCGCGCCCAAAACCCAGUACGGUCGUAUGGUAUGCAUGUUCUAUAGCAUCCUGGGGAUUCCCUUGAUGCUUAUUUACCUGAGCAACGUCGGUCGGGUGUUGGCCCACGUCUUCCGCUUUGUGUACACGAACUUCUGCUGUUGCCGAUGCUUUCGGGACAUUAGUAUUCGUCGCCGAAACCGCCAGAGGUUUCGUCUACUACGUCUGCAAGAGGAUCUCCGCCGGCAUGUUGAGCUGCAGGCUAAAAUACGCGGCCAAAUUAUUCCACCACCAAAGGUGAGUUCGGUGCAAGCGUAGAAAAUUCGAUGUGCUUUUCUUGCUGAUAUCGUCUUUUUCUUUCUUUUUCAUUCCUCUUCCCCUUUUUUUCCCCUCCCUCUUCUUCGCUUUAUUAUUACUACUAUUAUUAUUAUUGUCACUAUUCUUAUCGUCGUUAAUAAUACUGGCAUUCUUUCUCGUCGUCUCACGUUAUUUUUUGCCUCCAGCGCCUUUCAGUUUAAUUCAUCUUGAUAGCUACACUUAAGAUUGCACACCGUAGUUAUCGACAAAAUAAAAAUAAUAACCGUAGUUGAAAUUUUCCAUGGAUGCUACACGUCUUCCUUCUUUCCUCCUCGACCUCCUCCUCCUCCUCCUCCCCCACAUCGUACAUCUCGUCGCUUCCAGGGUUUAAAUACAUUUCAAGACAAAAUGUGCGAACUACUUACUUAGAUAGGAGCAAAAAAGCAGGUUUGAGAAAGCAGAUCAGAAGAAGAAGAAGAAGAAGACGAAGAAGAAGAAGAAGAAGAAGAAGAAGAAGAAGAAGAAGAAGAAGGGGAGGAGGAGGAGGAGGAGGGUGCGAUCGUAG